AUGAUUGAUAACUACAAAGACUGGCAUGAACAACUGCCAUAUGCAUUACUGGGGUAUCGCACUACUGCCAGAACUUUAACUGGGGUCACUCCGUACCUGUUGGUGUAUGGAACUGAAGCAGUAAUAACCACCGAAGUAGAAAUCCCUUCACUUCGAAUCAUACAAGAAGCUGAGUUAGACAAUGCAGAAUGGAUCCGCAAGAGGGUUUUUCAAAUUGGGCAAUUGGUGCUCAAACAAAUAUUCCCAAGCCAAGAAGAAUAUAAAGGAAAGUUUGCACCAAACUGGCAAGGGCCCUAUAUGGUGCGAAAAGUACUAUCAGGAGGAAUCGUGGUACUUGCUGAGAUGGAUGGUCAGGAGUGGCCAAGAGCAAUAAAUUCAGAUGCCAUCAAGAGAUACUAUGUGUGA